GAAUAGGUGAAGGGCAAUCAACCACACGGCCACCUCUUUUUGAUGGAACCAAUUAUACAUAUUGGAAAGAACGAAUGAGAAUCUAUAUUCGUUCCACAAACUUCCAAUUAUGGUUGGUUAUCAAAAACGGGGAAGAGGUGCCAAUGAAGAAAGUUGGAGACAAGUUGAUCCCCAAGACCGAAGACGAGUUUGAUGCCGAGGACAUCAAAAAGGUCGAGAAUUAUGCAAAGGCAAUAAACAUGCUUUAUUGUGCCGUAAAUCCUGAUGACUACCGCAAGAUCUCUUGUUGCUCAACCGCCAAAGAGAUGUGGGAUAAACUUGAGGUGACGUACGAAGGAACAGACCAAGUACGUGAAGCCAAGAUUGACUUCCUCACCCAAGAAUAUGAGAUGUUCAGGAUGAAGGAGCACGAGAAGAUCGACGACAUGUUCGACCGAUUUUCCAAGAUAGUCAACGAUCUCCAUGCAUUGAAGAAGACUUACACCGACAGGGAUCUUGUACGAAAGAUCCUACGGAGCUUGACAUCCGAAUGGCGAUCUAAGGCCGAUGCCAUCUAUGAGUCAAUCGGCACAUCAAAUGUUACCAUUGACGGUUUAAGAGGUAACUUAAAAACCUAUGAAUCUACUAUACUUAACCCGUCUUUGAAUGACCAAAGGAAAGGGAUAGCAUUAAAAGCCAUCAAAGAAUCAACAAUGAAUGAUUCAAGCGACGAUGAUGAAAUCAAGCUUGUCAUGAAGAAGUUUUGCAAACUUCUAAAGAAGAAAGAAAAGGUUGAGGAUGGCCCUAUGUGCUAUGGAUGUGGUGAAGCCGGGCACAAUAAGAAUAAAUGCCCGAAAAGCGGAAGGAAUGCUCGGCACUUCAAAAGGCAAAGGGCAUAUAUCUCUUGGGGUGGCGACUCCGGCAACAAGUCAACUGACCAAGACGAGGAUGAAGCUGCCAACCUCUGUCUCAUGGCACACGAAGACCAAACCGACAAUGUACAAGAGAAGCCACCUUCCCAUCGAUGGGUAAAUCCAAACAUCGCUGGGAAGGCAAACUUGAUUUUCUUCUCGCUUUCUAGUAGCGACUCUCCCAUCGAUGGGUAGUUCAUACCAUCGAUGGGAAGGCAGUUGAAAUUCAAAAUUUAUGGUCGUUGGGCACAGAAUUUAAUGCCCAACAGCCAUAUUUUUUAAAUUCACACGGUUUCAUCUUCCUCUCCCUAUAUAUUCACACCAUCCCUUACCUUCUUAACACACAAUUAACAUCUUAAUUUCUUUCCUUUAGCCUAUUAUACUCAUUCCAUCAAUCUUUCGUCCAAAACGCUUCAAUCAUGACCGGAGGAAAGAAGAGCAAAGCUUCAAAGAAGAAGGCCAACACCGACGCCACGACCUCUUCUUUAUUUUCUCCUUAUUAAAUAUGAUUGUAUUUU